AAGAACAAGACAAGAAUAAGAAAAAAAAUAAAAAAAGAAAUGAGAAAAUGUUGAUAAUAAUAAUCUCAAUGAAAAAAGAAAAAUAAAAUAAAAUAAAAUGUUGAUAAUAAUAAUCUCAAUGAAAUUUCUAUCAAUAUUCCCCGAGGGUUGUCAAGGCCAGCGAUAAAUCAGUCCGUCACUGAAUCACUGUUGGAGUCGGAGCGAAAAGAGAAACAGUGAGAGAGAGAGAAAUGGAAAGAUAGAAAAGAGAAAGUUCAAAAGUGAAAGAAAGAGGGAAAAAAUAUAAGGGAAGAUGUAGAAAGGAAAAAGAGAAAGAAAUGUCACGAUUUUAAACUUCUUCUUUUUUCGUUAUUUCCUGGUUUAGUUUCAGUGUUUUUUUUUUUCUUCUUCUUUUUUUUGCUUUGUUUUGUUUUGUCGCGGGGAUGAACUGUCAUGAUGGAGCUGAUAUUCUGCUUUAGAGUCAUAAAGUGAUACAGAAAAUAAGUAAAAUCCUAAUAUUCAGACCUUUUAGAGCGCCGUAACUUGGCAAGAUGUCGGACGGCGUUGAGCGAAUCCCUUCGGUCGACCUCGAAAUCUCCUCGAGGCGAAAAGAGGCUUCGUCGGGAGCUCCUACUCGAGACGAAUUCGGCGAAAAGGGCCGAAAUGCGAAGAAGACAGAGGUCGUGCUCGAUGGAGGUCGCUUGCAAGCCGAAUCUGCCAAGAAACUGGCGGCGGUGAAGGCGUUCGGGACGGGAUCUGACGUCUCCGAAAUGGGUGACGAAUAUCGCUCCUACAAGGCGCGGUUCUGGGUGUUGGCGAUCUUCUCCCUGAUCAGCCUCGUGCAGUUGACUGUGUGGGGCACUUGGGGUCCCAUCGUGGAGUCCGCCCUGGUCGCCUUCCCUGGCUGGGGCCCGAACACCGCCGCCUCCUUCAGCAACUGGCCUCCCCUCAUCGGGAUCCUGUUCAUGCUUCCUUUGAGCAGCUUAGUACAGCGUAUAGGUCUGCGUAAAGGGGUCCUCGUCAGCGCUGGUCUGCUGUCGGCGGGGAUGCUCAUACGGUGCCUUCCGGUCGAUGAUCUUACGUUCACCGUACUCUGCCAUGUCGGAUUCAUCAUGCUAGGAUUCUCCUGCUGCAUCCUUCUGCCGCAGGUCGGCGCUGUCGUCUCCGCCUGGUUCUCUCCGGGCGAAGGUACAACGGCAGUAGCUGUUGCCCUUUUGAUGAACCAGCUUGGAGGAGUAACUAUGUACAUCAGCCCACUCGUGGUGAGGGCGCCCGGGGAGGACGUCCUGCAGGAGGAUAUCCGCAAAGACAUCGCGAUUCUUAUGUAUAUCCAUUUCGGCAUGAGUUUCCUUCUGUUCGUGUGCGUGCUGCUCUACUUCCCCGCCGGCCCGCCCUCCCCGCCCUCCCCUUCGUCGGAGGAGGAGAGGGAGGACUUUCGGAAGAGUCUCAAGGACUUUCUCAGCAAUCAUCAAUUAAUCUGCUUAGUGGUUGCUUAUGGGGUGUCCUUCGGCGUGGUCGGGAACUGGCUGGGAUUCAUGACUUACUCCUUGUUGGAAAUCGGUAUCCAUCAGGAGGAAUCGAUGGGCGUGGCGAUCUCGGCCGCCCUCAGCGCCAGCGUCACCGCCUUCAUCGCCGCGAGAUUGACCGACAGGGUCUACGGGCACCUCAAGGUCACUGUCAUCGGCCUCCUGGCGGCCUCCUUCAGCUUCUUCCUCUGGUUCUUCUUCCUCUCCACCGGGGUCAUCGAGGCCACUUUGGCCCAAGUAUACAUCUCGGUGAUCGCGGCCGUGUCCCUCCAGUUCUCUUCGGUUCCCCUCCUGCUGCAGCUGUGCUUCGAGCUGUCCUACCCCAUUCCCGAGGGCGUCAUGGGGGCGAUCGCCACCUCCUUCUUCUCGUUUGUCUCUCUCGUGUUUCUUCUCCUGUUCCUCAUUCCCGAUGUUGGAUACGUGUGGGUGAGCUACGCGCUUGUAUCCAGCGUGUCCCUGAGUAUCGUCCCCAUCAUUUUCGUGGAGGAGAAGCACAAGAGAACGCAGGUGGAUAAACAAGGAAGAAUGAGCAAGGACAGAUAAGCGGAUGACGAGGCGAAAGAUAUGUUUGUCAAAUGUACUUUAUUCCUGUUUCGUUGAUUUUGCGUUGUGAGGACAGGAGGAGAAUUUUGUAUACUCGUAUGUUCGUAGGCAAUAUGCUUGGGUAUCAAGUAUAUUCAGGAAAUAUAUUAUAAAUCCUGUUUCAUUAUCUGU